CUCUGAACGUGGCCACAUAUGGCGUAAGAUAGGAAAAGUGCAAAAAAUGUGCAUCAAUUUUGGAUGAUUGUCUAGUAAAUAAGUUUAGAUGAGCAAAAUGAGUACAGAUGAGACUACCCCUAAACUGACUGCUGGCCGUGGUGGGCGUGGUGCUGCUAUAUACAAAGCACUUUUAUCUCUACCACGAUAUCCUGGCCAGACCACAGAGAAGACCGAGCCUUCUGCUGCUGUACCCCCUCUGUGUGUUUCAGGGGGUGAAGAUGUACAAGUUGCUGGUGCCACUGCCCUCUGCUCACCACGUAGUGAUGAAAGCAGUGUCACUAGUGUUCCUUCAGUUGGCAGCAGCCGGGGAGCAAUCAUCAGUCAGCUGAUGAAGCGUCGAAGUUUCACGACUUCGUCCCCUAUUGCGACACCAGUUACUAGCUCAGCUGAAGUGAAAGAAAAGAUAUGUCCAGAACCAGUUGUGGCCAGAGGUCGAGCAGAGUUCUUCCGUUCUCAUUUUAUGGGCCUUACUAAAACGCAGCCAUUGAAAUCAGAUUCUCAGGAUUUGAGUGAUAAAUUAUCGUUAACUGAGAGUGUCCAACAUUUAAACAUCACAGACACCAAGGAUGAUGCAGUCAUUCGCCAGGGAACCACCGGAACAAAAUUUUCUGCCAUGACAAACUGGAUUCGGCUGUCUAUCGAGGAAAAUAAAGCUGUUUUUGAAUAUGAGGUUAAAUUUGAACCACCAAUUGAUGCACUAAAUUUACGCUUCCGCCUUUUAAAUACCAUUAAAGAUGAGAUUGGUUCGGUGAAGAGUUUUGAUGGAUCUAUAUUGUGGCUGCCCAUUAAACUUCCCAAUGAGAUUGUGCAGCACUACACGACAAAUCCCUUUACUAAGGAAACUGUAACUGUGAAGAUAAUUUACAAGAAACGUUCACAUAUGGACAAGAGUGUCCAGCUCUACAAUGUUCUUUUUAACCGUAUCAUGAAGGUAUUAAAAAUGGCUAGGGUUGGGAGGAGCUACUACGCUCCAAGAGGAUCUGUUCUCGUGCCACAGCACAAGUUGGAAAUAUGGCCAGGAUAUGUGACUGCUGUGAGUUAUCAAGAGGGGGGAAUUAUGCUGUGUUGUGAUGUGUCACACAGAAUUCUACGCACUGAGACCUGUUAUGAGAUACUGACUGACUUGUGUGAAAUGCAGCGAUCUAACUUCAAGGCAGCAGCUGCUAAAGCAUUAGUUGGCUGCAUUGUUCUCACUCGGUACAACAAUAGAUCCUACCGUAUAGAUGAUAUUCUCUUCGACCAAAAUGCUGAAUCAACAUUUAAAAACUACAAAGGAGAGGAGGUUAGAUACGUAGAUUAUUAUUACGACGCUUAUGGCAUCAAGAUAAAGGAUCCCCGGCAACCACUCCUGCUUCACCGAACAAAUAUGAAGGAUGGCAAUAAUCAGCAGGGUUCAAAGAGGGUGUUAUGUUUGAUUCCUGAAUUAUGCUACAUGACUGGCAUGACAGAUGAUAUGCGUUCUGACUUUCGGGUGAUGAAAGAUAUUGCCCAGCAUACCCGGAUAACUCCAACAGUUCGACAGGCUUCUCUUCGCACAUUCAUCAAAAAUGUCAAUGAGACCCCAGAAGCUCAUCAGAUCCUUGCUGAUUGGGGUUUGAAGCUGCAUGAUUGCACUGUACCACUGGAAGGCCGCAUCCUGCCUCCUGAGACCAUCUACUUUGCAAAUAAUACGGUGCCUGGUUUAGACAUAGCUGACUGGGGCCGGGAUGCUUGUAGGGAGAAAGUCAUUGUCCCCGUAGAUGUGAAGCCACGCUGUUGGUUGAUGCUCUUCUGUGCUAAAGAUCAACAACGGGCUCACAAAUUUGGAGACAUGUUGAAGCAGGUUACCCGCAACAUGGGUAUCCACGUUGGAGAACCACAGAUGGUUUAUCUGCCAAAUGACGAGACUCAAAGCUACGUUAACAGCUUAAAGCAGUUCUAUCAUGAUGCGUUGCAGUUAGCAGUCAUUAUAUUUCCUAGCCAGCGUGAGGACCGCUAUGCGGCAGUGAAGCGUGUUGCAUGUCUUGAAUUGGCCCUCGCAACCCAGUGCAUUAUGUCUCGUACUAUUAGCCAUGAUGCUAAAUUACGCUCUGUCACUCAGAAGAUUGCUUUGCAAAUUAACUGCAAACUAGGUGGAGAACUUUGGGCUCUCAAAAUCCCAAUAACUGGACUUAUGGUGUGUGGCAUUGAUGUUUAUCAUGACCCAACUCGGCGCGGAGCAUCGACAGUAGGCUUUGUGGCAUCCAUUAACCAGACUCUCACUAAAUGGUACUCGCACGUCAGCUUCCAACACCCGGGUGAUGAGAUAGUGCAUGGUCUUAAAAUAUGUUUGUUGGAAGCCAUAAGGCACUAUCACAAGCUGCAUCACACGCUACCUCGUUCUAUAAUGAUGUAUCGGGAUGGUGUAAGCGAUGGUCAGCUGAAACUUGUUGAAGACCAUGAGCUCCCUCAACUGGCCUCCAUCUUUCACAACUUUCAAUCUUAUGAACCUAAAUUAUACUUAAUUAUUGUCCAAAAGAGACUCAAUACUAGGAUCUUCAGUACUAUGAGUUCUAGAGGGCUGGACAAUCCUCCUCCAGGCUCUAUUAUUGAUCAUUCAAUUACACGCCGGUAUUGGUAUGAUUUCCUUCUUGUCUCUCAACAUGUAAGACAGGGUACAGUUUCUCCUACCCAUUAUGUUGUUGUUCAUGAUGGAGGAAACUUGAAAGUUGACAACAUGCAGCGGCUGACUUACAAGCUGACUCACUUGUACUACAACUGGCCAGGCACUAUACGAGUCCCAGCUCCCUGUCAGUAUGCCCACAAGCUUGCUUUCCUGAUUGGUAAGAGUGUCAAAAAGGAACCUGCUGUAGAGUUGUGUGACAAGCUGUUCUUCUUGUGAAAAUUUGUGUUUUGUUUUUAAGAAAAAUGUGCAUACAAGUAAUUUGAUUUUCUGUACUUAAGCAAAGCUGUUUUUCUUGGGCAGUAUUCUUAAUUUGAAGCAUGAUGAUUGUAAAUAAUUAGUGUAAAGUACUGUACUUGAAUACUCAGCCUAGUAUUUAGAGCAUGUUUAUUUUCCUGCAUGCACGUCCAAUUUCCCCUCCAAUAUUUUUAUUUACAUACAGUUGAAGAGACAUUUCGUGUGUUCUCUAGGAGGUCCCUCACAGUAACUUCUCAAGUUGCAGCACUGUAGUUACCAAGCUGUAGAGAUCACACCAGGCCUCUGGGAUACUUUGUGGCUGCCGGAUGGUUCCGGCAAUCAGUGUCCGCAUGGUCCAGUCUCUGACAAGGCCUUCUCAUUGGUGGUCUAGCUAUCUAGGUUGUUAGAUGCAGCUACUUAUGGUCUGACAUCCACUCGAGUCUUCCAAGAAUCGGGACCAGACUCUGAUUCUCUUUACAAUGUAAACUCAAAUAUAAAUACAUAUGUACAGGAGGAACAUUUUGAGCCAUUUUGGAUUUUAUUGUAUUGUACAAUAUUGAAGGAAUGUGUAUCAGAAACAAAACUCUAAAGUGACAAGUAAAAUACUCAUUAGUAAUUUACUUAUUUGUUUAAUUUAAUGUUUAGAGAGCCAUUAACAUGCAUAGUGCCAGGGAAGCAGAGUAGGAAUGAUACCUGAAACCGAGUUGAGAAAUAAUGAGUGCUGAAUUUAGUUCUGAUUAGAAAAAGAGUGUUAAGGUACUUGCCAACUUUGGAAAUACCAAGUUUGGAUGUAAUAUUUUAGGAUGGUGAGAGAUGGACGAGGAGUCUGCAUCCUCUUCUCACAACCAAGGAUCCUGCAUGUUUCCUUUCACCUGAUGUCUUUGUUCACCUUUCAGUAAAUAGGUAGCUGGGAGUUAGGCAACUAUGGUGGGUUUCAUCCUGGGAAAGACCAUCGGUAGGUUGGACUAAGGGGGACCUUGAUAAGCUGCACUAGGGAGACUUCGAUAAGCUUCACAGGCUUCCUGCCCAACUACGGGACAGCACACGAUGAACCAAAUGGUUAAAGACAAAGGAAGUGAACAAGAUUAUGUACAGUUUAAACUAAUUACAUACAGUAUAUUUAUACAUAAUAAAUGUAAAUUGUUUAUUUUAUUGCUUCAAUGUUCCAAUCUUUAGAAGUCUGUGAAAAUUUGAGAAUUUUCAUUGAGAUCCAGUAGUUAACAAAAUAUAUGGUUUCAAAAAAAUAUCAUUAAAUGAUAAGCAGUAAUCUUUUAUUAAGCCAAUUUGUCAUCUUUGACCAUAAUGCUUAGCAUAUAUAAAUAAUAUCAUUUAUAAUUAGCUUCAUAAAUAAAAAUUGUACUAUAGAGAAAAAUUCUAAUUUUGUCAUCAAGUAUGUUAUUGUACAUGUACAAUACAUGUACAGCUUCAUUCAGCAUUAUAAGAGAUGUGAAAAUCUCAAACCUAAUGAUUGUCUGGAGCUCAUUACCAAUAUUGCAUCACUGGGAAUAUACCUCCUUUCAUAUUCCCUGAUAAAUUGUACUCAGGAUCCACGAUCUCGUUAUUUUAUCUCAAUAAUAAUUAUCUCAUUCAUUUUAUCUCAUUAGUACAAGAAUGUAUUAACUCUUGUAUAUAUCUCAAAAAAAAAAAAAAAAUUAUUUGUUUACCUUUUGUUAUGAGCAUGAUAAAUGAAGAGUAUUUAUUUACUUUCAAAAUAUGAAAUCAAGGUCUUGUUAUAAUUAGUUUACAUGAUGAGAGCUAUGUAUUAUUUCUUAGUUAUAGUUAUUAGGAAGCUUAGUGUCAUAAUAAUAUUGUAUUAGAAAGCAAAUGUUGUCUUAAUGUGGUAUAGGAAAAUGUAGCAUCAUGAAAAUGUGGUAUAAGAAAGUGUCAUAACAGUGUGGUAUAGUUUACAUUUUAAAUAUGUUCGUUAUAUGUUUAUACUGCAUGUCAUAAGCUGGUUAUUGUAGAUCUACUCUUAAUUCUAUUUGAAAUUUACA